AUGGCGCGCCGCCUCUUCUCCGCCGGGAGAGCGCUCCUCCCACCCGUCCCAGCUCCUACGCCGGCUCCCGUGCCCGCGUCUUCUUCCGCGGUGGCGGCAGCGGCGGAGUCGCUCCUGCCGCUGCUCCCGUGCAAGCGGCGCAAGAAGCUCCUGAAGAAGCUAAGGAGCCCGCGCGUGGCGCCCAUCGAGCCGGAGCCCGACCGCCGCGUGCCGGCGCUGGACGCCGUGCUCGACCGCGACGCGGCCUUCCGCUUCCUCUCCCGCGCGCGCUCCUUCAUGGCGUCCCUCCCGCCGCCGCACCGCAUCCCGCUGGCCGAGGCCGGCAAGCUGCACCGCGAGCUGGGCUUCCCGCGCGGCCGCAGCGUGACGCGCGCCGCCGCCCGCCACCCGCUGCUCUUCCACCGCACCACCGUGGGCGCCGUCCCGCACCUCGCGCUCACGCCGCUCAUGCGCGCGCUCCUCGAGGAGGAGCGCCGCGUCCACGAGGAGCUCCUCCCCUCCCGCAUCCUGGCCGUGCGGAAGCUGCUCAUGCUCACCGCGCACCGCCGCGUGCCGCUCGCGAAGCUGCACCACUGCCGCGCCGUGCUCGGCCUGCCCGACGACUUCCGGGACCGCGUGCGCGACUUCCCCGACGACUUCCGCGUCGCCGUGGACGCCGACGGGCUGCACGUGCUUGAGCUGGCGCGCUGGGACCCGGCGCUCGCGGUGAGCGCCCUGGAGCGGGACUUCGUGGUGGACGAGCGGCGCGUCCGCCGCACGUUCCGCUUCUCCGUCCCGCACCGGCGGUCGAUGCCGCUGGACGCGGAGGAGGCGGAGCGGCUGGACGCGGCGACCACGUUCCCGCUGGUGUCGCCGUACACCAACGGCGCGCUGCUCCGGCCGUGGACGCCGGAGGCGGAGAAGUACCGCGUCGGGGCGGUGCACGAGUUCCUCAGCCUCACGCUGGAGAAGCGGGCGCUGAUUCAUCAUGUGUUCGAGUUCAAGGAGGAGCUCGGGCUCACGAGGCACAUGUACGACUCGCUGCGGAAGCAGACUCGCGCCUUCUACCUCGCCGGAACGGAGAUGAACUGGGCCGUGUUCCUCCGGGAGGCCUACGACGACGACGGCGUGCUCAGGGAGAAAGACCCCCUCGUGCGAUUCAACGAGAAGCUGCAGGGAUACGCGUGCAUGACCGACAUGGAUCCCAGCCAGAGCAUUGCUGACAGGUGA